CCCCCUCCCUUCCCAGGAAAGCUUCUUUAUGCCGCCGCUAUGCCUCGCUGCACUCAUCCGGCAUAUCCUCCUGACGGCCGCCAUAUCCGUGCCGACGCUGGCGGCGGCGGUGGACAACUCCUCACCGACGUGGAUGGAACAUCUCGACGCAUUGCAGAUGUAACCGUGGACGCCGCCCGCUCCAACGUCCAGACGAGGCUCCAGCUCCACGGUGGGCGGCAGCUUCCACCACGAGGUGAGCAUGCGGCAUCUGGAAAAACGUCUGUUCCUGAUCCUCAAAUGUCACGUUUCCAGGAGAAAACCCGGGCUUCCUGCACACCGUGGCUGCCUCGACAUCGACGGUGCGAGUACCCUCAUCACGAUGUGCCCGCGCAGUCGGAAAAGCCGCUGCUGGAGCCAAAGGACACCAGCACAUCCUCUUCCUCCACGCAGGCAGAGGCGGCAACUCAUGACGUCCCGCCAAUGCCAAGCCACUCGUCUCCACCUGUUUUGGCUUGGUUUUUUCCUGGUUGGCCUAUACAGUUUCUCAUCAGAACAGAUCGUGGAGGUUCUUUCCACACGUAUCCUCGCCUGAGCGGGCCAUUCCAGAGCUUGCAGGAAGCCGAGAAUGCUUUCGAUAACCAUCUUGAUGACCUGCGCUCUCCAAUAAUGUGCACAGAUGGGCUUCCGCAAGCGGAAAAAGCGGUAUGGCAUGCUCUUUACUGGCCUGAUGGCACAAGAAGGAUGUCUUCCAAAAGCCAUCCAACACGUCGGAAUAUCAACCUAUUGGUUCAAGCUUUACUGGACAAGUACAGUGAAGAUCACCGUCUUUUGGGGGAUCUUGCAUAUGAACUUGAUGGUCUUGUGACCUUCCAAGAAUUUUAUAUGGGGGAGACUAGCUGCCUCAAAAUGUACUGUCAUCUCAAUUUUACUACAAAAACUAAAGGAGCUGAUGGUUCUCACGGUGGCAGCAACAAUCUAUUCUUUGCUGAGGUCGCACGAAUAAAGGGCGAAAAUGUAGAAUAUGUGCUCAAUUGUUUCUGUAUGGUGCAACAUAAUGACAAUGGCCAAUGCUAUGGUUGUACGACUUAUGGAAAUGUUGAUUUGAAGCACCCUGUCAAUGCUGAUCAAUACGAAGGUCGCCACUCUCGCCCGCACAAAACAUGGUGCGGUGCCGUCCAUCCAGGCGUACCUGCAUACAUCAAGAAUGAGGAGGACAGGCUGGCGGAUGAGGAGGCUAGGAUAAGACGUGUAAACAUGUGCCGUGAUGAACCUCCUAGUCUGGCAAAACCGGAUGGUGCAGAAAUGCCUGCUGGUUUGGCCAAGAGCGAGGAUGCUUGUUUGGCCAAGAAAGAGGGUGUUUGUUUGGCCAAGAGAGAGGAUGCUGGUUUGGCUAAAAGAGAUGAUGGCCAGGGAAGCGGAAAAUACAUUGUACCUGCUAGGCGUCACUUGGUUUAAGUAUCCUCUCAGGUCAAUGAAUCUUUAGUUGAUCAACUAGUGCAUGGAUCCUCUCUGUCAACAAAAGAAAAAGAAAAACUAGUGCCUGGGUCCAGAAACAUUAUGGAUUGCAUGGCAUUGACAGAGAUUAUCAAGUGUAAGGGCAAUCGUUUCCAAAUUUCUCUGGACAUUUAAGAACCUGUGUCAUUAUGAUCGAUGCACUACCAAUGCUCUCAAACUCUUUUAAGGCUUAUUUUUCUUUUUAAGUAUAGUGAACGAGGAUGCAUUAUUAGAAACUAAAAUAUAUGUUCCCGACA